GGCCUUCAAGGCCCUGGUUGUUCCAGCUCCUCCGCUUGACAGGGCGGGUCAAUUAGGAAGCCAAUUAGCAAAUAUCGGUGCGCAGGAGACCAAUGACGGAAUUUCUGGGCUUUUGAUAGGGAACGUUGGCUUCCGGUACGGAACAACACUGUUACAAACACAGCCUGGUUUGACCUUAACUUCAGCAGCAGCAACCUCUAGGCAUGUUUACUCAAAAGUAAGAGCCACCGAGUCCAAUGGGCUUACUCUAAAGUAGGCUUGCCGCUUCAAGAAUAAGGAGCGAGACGUGGAGACCGGUAGUUUCCAAGUGCGAGCCUCUCUCUCUCGCGGCAAUCUAAUCAUUGGUAUAAAUGAGCGCGCCGCUGCAUCCUCGUCCACGCGGGGCCAAGAUGCUGUCACUGUGGGAAGCGCUAGCUGCGAUCAAGCGCGCCGAGGCUUCCUUCCAGCAGCUGACCGGCGCUGGGCGGUGCCCUCUGCGGAAGUGGCGGGCCUCGCAGCAGCGGGGGAGCGGCAGGCUCGGCUGGGGGCUGCCGGUGGGCCCAGCAGGGACCAUGGUGCAGCUCUACAACCUGCACCCCUUCGGCUCUCAGCAGGUGGUGCCCACCAAGCAAGAACCGGCGGUCUUCUGCUGCGGCCGGGAUGCCCUGUUGGUGGCUUGUGCGUCCGGCGCCUGCAAGGUGGAAGUGUUUGCUAUGGGCCGCCCGGAGCUCUGCGAGCCGCUUGGUUCUUUUAGUACGCUGGGCCGGGUGCGGCGCAUGACAUACAGCGAGACGGGAGAUUAUGUGGUCACUAUUGAAGAGAAAAACGAGGCCCUCUUCUUGCGAGUGUACGUGAACUGGAGAUGUAUGUCAGCUGGGAACAUGCGUGUUUGUGUUCGGAUGCUGGGCCAUAACUUGGAAGCAGCCUGUACUGAAGCUUCUAGAGACCAGAUGUCAAUUAUAGAAUUGCCUCUUUCAGACCCUCCUUUGUGCUUCUCGUGUUGCCCUUUGAAGGGAGACAUACUUGUUGGCUGCAAUAAUAAGCUGAUCUUGUUCUGCUUGAAGCAUCUGAUUGUGAGCCAGGGCUUGACUGCAUUGGACUUCGAACGCUCCUUAAUCUUACACACAGAAAAUGUCACCCCUGCAGAAGUUGCGUUUUGUGCUGAGUAUGUAGCUGUAACAACAGAAUUAGAAGUCCUAAUCCUCAAGCUGGAAGCAGGAGAGAGUGUGGCUGGCUAUAGUGGACAGCAUGCUCACAGAUCUCUAAUACCAGAAAAAUUAAUUCAUGAAGGUGUAAAGGAGGAAGCAGAUUCAAAUCUGCCGCUUGAGUCAGAUGAUUUUGUUAUCUGUCAGCAGCCUGUGGAGCUCCUUGGAGAAGAAUGUAGGCAGUGUGGAAUAUCAGUUACUCUGGAGUCAACUGGUUUGGUCAGUGCAGAGCCACACUUCCAAAUGCAAUACAUUUUGUACAGGCGUUUUGCUCCAGACUUGUCGUCUUUCAUCUUCUCUGCUGAAGAUGCCAGACUUCAUUCACUUCAGCUGUUGCCUCUGUAUGAAACAGGGAAUUCUGUGACAGCUGAUGGAGGAAAUUCAGCUACACCAAAACUUCUGAGUCUGUUCUGCUUUUUCUCUCUGCCUCAUGUUGGAUAUCUUUAUACUGUUGGUAACUUAUUGGAGCUGAUUUCUACUUAUCAGUAUUCGGAGAAGUCCCAACAGGCGGUUCUCACACCCCAAUUCCUUCAUGUCAUCACAAGCAACAACCUGCAAUGCUUCACAGUGAGAUGCAGUGCGGCGGCAGCGCGUGACGAAGAUCCCUACAUUGAUACAACCCUGAAGGCUUGCCCACCUGUGUCCCUGGGUGUUUGUGCCUUGAGAAUGCAACUCUUUAUAGGGCUGAAAGCUCUUUCUCAUUUCAAGAACCACGUCAUAGUUCUGACAAAGGCAGACACUGAAGAUGUUACAGAGAGAAAAAAGCCUUCAAGGAGACUCCUCUCCCGAAAGACUGAUGUUAAAUCCAUGGACUCUGAACCUGGCUGGAACUUGUACAUUGUGAACACAACUUCAACACUGACUCUUUAUAGAGAAAUGGUGGAAUACAGCAAGACCUAUGAAAAUGUAAGGACGGAGAGUUGCAUCCACCUUCUCAGUGAGGCUCACUUGUUAGUCAGAACAGCUCUAAUGGACCCUGAUCUGAAAGAAUCGGAAGAGAAGGAAGACCUCCUAGCAGCAUUUCGGGAAAGUUGUGCGCUCUUAGGAGACUGUUAUAGCAGGUUUAACACCAAAGACUUCCAUCUUGCAUUGCCUUACUACAAGAUGUCUGGCCUAUCCAUGGCUGAAGUUCUGAAAAGAGUGGACUCGGCACUAGAGGAUAAACCACAGAAGCAUGGAAAGGGGUUCAUAUUUUACUUGCAUCAUUCCCUUUAUGAAGACCUAAAUGAGGAGCUCAGCAAAGAAUUGGCAGCAAAGGUCCUCCAGAUAUUCCACCUUGCCGAGCCAAACCAGAUGCCCCAUGUCAUCUGCAGUCCUUGCACCAAAAACGUGUGUCCCAAAAUGGCAAUGGAGUAUCUGCAGCAGGCAGAAAUGCUUGUGCCCUCUGUCGUGGUGACCCUCGCCAAGGCUUCCAUGGCUCUGAAAAUGGGUGACCAAGAUGGAUGCAAAAAAGAGCUGGACCGCUAUGCAGAGAUGAUGUUGGUGUGUGGUUUUAUUGUGGAGCCAAGACUUCUGAGACAGCAAAUCAAAGGGCAAAUUACCCCAACUGAACUUGCUGUUCACCUCAAGGAGACAAGACCUGGAUUCCUUGUGGCUUCACUACUGGCUUUACAUGAGAACAAUAAAAUCGAGUUGGAAGAAGCAGACUCUUACAUCAAGAUGCUGAGUUGUAACGAUGAAGAUGCUGUCCCCCAGCUCUUGGUGGACUUCUGGGAAGCUCUCCUUGUAGCAUGCUCCAAUGAAGAAGUUGUACAGGAGCUGCAUUUUAAACUUGCAACACAGUAUAUUUGGAGGCUCUCGAAGAAGAAGUUGCCCGACACUAAGCCACUGAAAUCUGCUGAAGAUCUGAUAAAUUCCUGUGGUCAUUACGAACUUAUUUUUCCUUGGGUUACAUUCAUGACGUUAUUAGCACCUCAUUCUGAUCAGGAUUUUUCUGAAGACCUUUUGAAAUUACAGUCCCUCUUAUGUGGUCCAUCCUUCAACAUACCUUCCAUUCUGCCAUUCGUGGAGACUCUUCCAGAAGACACCGUUACUGGUCUGAGCAUCCACGUUCUUUGCAGUACACGGUUAGGGCAGUAUGAGACAACCAUUGACCAACUCUUAGAGAGGUGCCCUGAAGCUAUCAUGCCCUAUGCCCAACAUGAGUUGAAGGAUGACCGUCAGGCUCUCUGGUGGAACAAGCUCCUUCCUGAGCUCUGUAAAAGGACCAGACAUGCUGGAGACAACAGUUCCAUACUCCUAUCCUCUCUGAAAGAAACAUUAUCUGUGAUUGCGAUGGAACUGGAACUGAGGGACUUCCUUAAUGUUUUGCCAGAAGAUGGGAAUGCAGCUUUUUUCUUGCCACACCUGCUUCAGUGCAGCAGGAGGAGGCUGGCAACCUAAGCACAACAGGAAGCUGUGUACGAUCUUCAAUAAAGGAGAAGUGGGGGUGGGAUGUACACUUGAGGAAAUGCAGGUGAACCCCAUUAUCCACAGGGGUUCCAUUCUCUGCUGGAACUGCAGAUAAGGCAUGGUUUCUGGAGACUGGGGAAAACAUGUUAAAAAUGGGGGUGGGAGCAAAGUAAAGUGCCCUACCAUUCUCCGUGGGUCUCCAUAUUCCCAGCAAUGCCCAUCAAAGGUUUUUUGGGACCAAAUGAGCCACAAAGUUGCUAUUUCAUAAAAUAGUGGCUGGAAAUGAUCUCCAAGCUCACUUCCUGCCAUUUCCAAACCACAGAUACAUGGGUUUUAACCCUUGUAUAUGCAGAUAUUGAGGUCGGGUGGCAAUUAGGCCACAGUGGAUAUACGGUACCGCGUACAGUGAGGUCCACCUGUGGACAAAUCUCAAGGUAGCUCUCAAAAAUUCUAGGCGCUUUAGAGUAGGUUUAUGGGAGGAGGAGUUUAUUUAAAGUCUCUUGCCUAGUUCAGGUGUGGUCUGAAGUCAUGUUUUGAUUGUGAUACUACUGUUGUGCUAAAAUGCUGAUGUUGUAAGUCAGAGGGACAGAAACUGGAUAGAGAAAAUUGGAGCAAAUAUAUAUUAAGUUAACAUUCCAAGGGUGCUCUCACAAUAAGGCUGUAAUUCAGGUUUUUUCCUGUAAGCAUCACAGUUGAAUCCGAUGUCUAAUAAACCAACCAUCUACAUAUUUCAUUAGCAUUCACCAUGAAUAUAGCUCUUUCCAAGAGCCACUAAUACGACUGAAGGACAGCUCUUCACACAACUUGAAUUCACUUCAGCAAAAUCUCAGAUGGAGGAGUUGACAGUGGAUUAUAUACAGAACAGUCUGCUCAUGCUUCAAGAGAUGAACUACUUCAGGUUGUUUCACUGAAGUUCAGUUAUGAAAAGCAAAGAGUAUAACUAUCUUUCUCUUAACUCUCCAUUGGACCAUAGACACUCCCAGAGAUUGGCUUGGGUUUUUCUUUAAACGUUUUUUUACAAACACAUCUAAGUAUUCUGUUUUCAGUAUACAUAGAAUAAGGAAAGAUCUUCUAAUGCUUGUUCUUAGGUAAGAUACUUUAGAUGUCUCUGAGCUGUGAAGUUACUGGAGUUUCUUUAAUGAGAAGUACGACUAAGUCCUAUUGGAAUUAAUCACAGUCAUGACUAACAGGUCCCAUUUAAUUUUAAUGGCAGUUAUGCUUAAGUAGUCUGGAUUCUGUUCAUCCUAUUUUCAUUUUUUAAAAAUCACUUGGAAAUUGAUAUUGAAUAGCUGAUUUUGUCACAGAUUUGUUUUCUAAAGCUGUUUAGAGACAAAGUAUAGUUAAUGUAGAGUCGCCUUCUGUUGCUCUUGGACAAUAUUUGUAGAGUCUGAAAAUGAGAGAGAGAGAGAAAGUCAAUACCAAACAGCAUUUGAUUGCCUUGGUGCACAUUUCAGAGUGUGUGUAUCACAAUUGUAAAAAGUUAACUGCUUAUUCACCCUACUGUGGCUGUUGCUAAGCAAGCCAAUUGGUUUAAGUGCUACUGGGGAGACAAUGCAUCUUGUCUACUGUCCCAAAUUCUAGAAGACUUAAAAGCCUGACUCCAGGGUCAGGCUAAAAGGGUCACCAUUACAGUAGUGCUUUCUAGCUGUUCCUGGACUAAGAUUCCCAUCAUCCUUGCCUAUAAUUGCAGCUGGGGAUGAUGGAAGUUUAAAUCCAACAUCAGCUGGAGAGCCUCCGGGUGGCCACCCCUGCACACGUAUACCAAGCUGUUAAACACCGGAAUAAGAAAUGUGGAAGUGUCAACUGCACUGUAGCCACUUGUAAGCCCUACAAUGACUUGUGGGCUAUAGCUGCACUUGCCUCAUUCCUGAGCCUUGUCCUUGUGCAACAGUUGGACCUCUGCCUAGGUGGCCACCAGCCAUAUUACAGGAGGACACUACAGAGCAGGCCUGUUCACUCUAUACUUUCCUUUUCAGAAGAUGAAUUAGGACAUAAGAAUCGCCCUGCUGGAUCAGGCCCAAGGCCCAUCUAGUGGCCCACCAGAUGCCGCUGGAAACCACAGGCAGGAGUUGAGGGCAUGCCUUCUCUCCUGCUGUUAGUCCCCUGCAACUGGUACUCAGAGACAUCCUACUCUUGAGGCUGCAGGUGGCCUAUAGCCCUCCAACUAGUAGCCAUUGAUAGACUUCUCCUCCAUAAAGUUAUCCAAACCCCUCUUAAAGCCAUCCAGGUUGUUAGCCGUCACCACGUCUUGUGGCAGAGAUUUCCACAAGUUGAUUAUGUGUUGUGUGAAAAAGUACCUCUGUUUUUUGGUCCUAAAUUUCCUGGCAAUUUCAUGGGAUGACCCCUGGUUCUAGUGUCAAUCUAGUGACAAUCUGCUCCCUGUCUUCCAGCUCUAUGCAAAAUCUGUACUCACUUAAAAAUAUAUAUAUACUAGCUCUCCUACUGUGCAGAGCUCCAUGCACAUUGUAAUAGAAUGGGCAUGUAGUUGCUCAACAGCGCUCUGUGCAAAUGAAGAGUGUUAUGGCACAGCUGUGUGUAUGUGUGUUCCAUUACACCGUGUAUGGAAACUUGUGUAGUAUGCCACUGUGACUGAUAGUCUACAAUGCAGAAUGGACUUAACAAAUACAGCAUGCUCCUGAAGCUAGGCUGCUAGAAGUUAUCCUAUGCACCUGUUGGGCUGCCACCUCCUGCAGAGCCUAAAUAAGCUGCCUUUUUGCAAAGAGUCUUUUUAACACAUGUACCCUAGCCUGACGGGGAAUUGUACAGACAAACGUGCUGUUUGCACAAGCCCCAAACCCACAGGUAGCACAGUUAAGUCUGAAAUUGCAUCAAGCAGGUCUGAGUGUGCACAACCUCUGCCUGUUCAAUAUGUAAUUGGUUGGAUUUCAUGGUUUUGGAGAAUGCAGCAACUUAUCCCCAAAUGGAUCUAGUUUUUGCUUUGAUCUGAGAUAGUCAAAAUUCCAUCAUGAAGUUAUACAAAACAAAAUAGAUGUGACAGAAAUCAGACUUUUAACUUAGCACUCCUACAAGACUAAAUCUUGUACCUGCCUUUCCACAUGAACAUAAACCCUCAUUAUAUUUAUUUAGUCAUGCUCUUAAACAUCUGUUCCGCAUCUGCAAUAGUGUCCCUGCUCAAUGGUAGCCUUGCCAAUCUAACAUCUCUUGAACCAAAUUGGUUAUUCUUACCUCCUUUUGGGAGUACUGUGUAAACUGUCUCCAUGCCAGCAUGGAUAUGGUCAGUCACAUGACAGUGCAGUAACCAGGUCCCAGGAUACUUUGGCAACAUUUCCACAGUUUGAAAUGUCCCCGGAAAAAGAUCAAAGACAUCUGCCCGGAAAGUUCUUGUGAGCUUUUAGAGUGAGAGAGAAAUCCCAUUCUUCAUCAGUGUUAAUUUAAGGACUCCAUAAAUGUAUAUGAAUUAAUUGGAUAAAAUCAAAAUAAGUUUAGAAUAUUUCUAUACACUUUUAAAGUGUUUGUAGUAAAGAAUUAAGUGUCUGUGAUUUAAUUUGUAAAAAAUGCACACAGACUUCUGUAGCUGUUUGAUGUCACUAACAUUUUAUAUGCAACCACAUGUAUGUCAAAAGAAAACUUGGUGGCUUACCUACCACACAGCACCGACAGUGAGAGAUCCCAUCCUUGUUGCAGGGGAGUGACAGCAGGAGAGAGGGCAUGCCCUCAGCUGUUGCCUGUGGGCUUCCCAGAGGCAUCCGGUGGGCUACUGUGUGAAGCAGGAUGCUGGGCUAGACAGGCCUUGGGCCUGAUCCAGCAGGGCUGUUCUUAUGCUGCUUUGUAGCUUUAAAACACAUGCCCAUGCUGCUUGCUGAGGUAGUGUUCCGUUCCCUUGGAGCACUGCAUGAGCACACAGUGUAGCAGUGAGGAUGUGUUUUAAAGUCAUGCAGCAGUGACCACAGGAUCUCUCAAGUAUGUAGUAUGUAAGCCAUUAUUUCUAUCUUUUGACAUGAGGAAUAUUAGUCAAAGUAGACCCAUUGAAAUUAAGGAUUAAGUUGGGAAAUGCCUAACUUUUUAAUUUCAAUAGGACUACUUUGGCUAUAUUCCAUAUGUCGACCAUUUUAUUUAACAGAUUUGGCAAGUAUAAGGCCAUAACCUUUCUUCCCCUUCCCAGGGGCGUAACUAUAAUAGGGCAAGGGGAGACAGUUGUCUGGGGGCCCACUGCCUUGGGAGGCCUCCCCCGAGGCAAGUCACAUGACUGACUCCCCCAACCACGCACCCGCCCGGGCUUCCUUCAGUUAUAUUCAUCCUCCGAAACUGAUGUGAGUGUUAAGACCUGGAGCUACCAGAACAGCAUGUCUUUCUUUAGUACCAUUCAAUGACUUGCAUCGUCCACAAUUUACAAAACCUUUAAAAAAAAAAAUUAGGAUGAUGUUCUACUGUGGCACAUAGGGGUGUGUGUGUAUAGAUAUAGAUAUGGGGUGUGUGUGUGUGUGUGUGUGUGUGUGUGUGUAUAUAUAUGUAUAUACAUUUACUAUGCUUUUUGUUACCACUAUUCAGCCUCAUUUAAGAUUUCUUUACUUCAUGAGCUGAGCUUGGGGGGGGGGGGGGCAUUUUAAAAUCUUGUCUCUGGGCCCACUCCAACCUUGCUACACCCCUGGCAUUGAGCUAGAAGGACCACUGGUUUCACUCAGCGGCUGUCAUACUCAAGGGUAUAGCAGCCUAGUAACACUGCAUGCACACAAAUUGUGCAAGUAACUCAAAUGCAAAAUGUGUGCAAAUGUUACAAAAGAAGAAGCCCUAUUUGCAAUGAGCUUAUUUUCAUGUAAUGUCAUUUGUGCAACUUGCAUGCAUUACUAGGCCGAUGUACCAUUCAUUGCACAGUACAUCAGCCAGUACUGGGACAGCAUCAUACAUUUUCAGUGGUCUUAGGGAUCAACAGCAAUAUCCAAAAUGUCCCCCUCUCCUCCAUCACUAGUUUUAAACUGAAAAAAGCAGAACACAAAUCAUGUUUUUUACCUUGUAAUCAAAGCUGUGGCCGUGGAAGUGUGCUGUAUGCAAAUCAACUUCAUUCCCCAUUCCUGUCAGGUACCAGCUGACUUCAUCUCCAACAUGCAUAGUAAGACCGUGCAAGUUUCCAAACACCCUUCCAUUAAUGGCUAGUGAAUGAAAAAGUUUAUCAUGAGUGCUACAAAUGCUAACAAGUUUUUGUUGAAAUAAGUUAUAAAAUUAUUUGUUUCCAUACCUUGCUACAUCCCUAUAUUUAGUACCAGCUACCAACCUUGGGCAGGAUCCAGACUUCAGUUAAUUAUGACUAAAUAUUAUUGCAAUUAAACUAACUUACGUUCCAUUAAUUUCAAUUGGGCAUAGUCUGGGUCCUGCCCCUUGUCAAAGGCUCAGUGAAAAUAUCCCCAGCCAAAAUGCAAAGUGAAUUCAGCAGUUCACUGAACUGAACUAACAUCAAAGCAGCUUAAGCCAAUCACUAUGCCAGGACUGAUCAACUUCAGCCCUCCUGCAGAUGUUGGCCCACAACUCUCAUAAUCCGAGCUAUUGACCACUAUGGCUGGGCAUUAUUGGAGUUGUAGUCCAAAAACAGGUGGGGGGCUAAGGUUGAGCAGGCCUGCGCUGUACCUUUCCUUCUGAAUCAGUCUUACUUACUAAUCAUAUUUAUAUACUGCCUGAUAAGUGUCUCUCUAGGCGGUAUACACAAUUUAAAACAAAACAGUGUAAACACUAUUAAAACAAAUUAACAAUUAAAAAGUUAAACUUUAUUGCUAACUGAGCAAAGAUACACCUUUUAAAGUGGUAAUUCUCUUAUAUUUAGCAGGGAGGGAGCAACUGGCCAUAUCCAGCCUCAGCACAGCAUCCCUCCAGUAGCUGUUGCUGGUAUCUGCCUUACAUUUCUUUUUAGAUUGUGAGCCCUUUAGGGACAGGGAGCCAUCUUAAUUAUGUACUGGGUUUUUUUUAAUGUAAACUUCUUUGAGAAUGUUGGUUGAAGUGCAGUAUAUAAAUAUUCAUAGUAAUAUUCAUAACAGUAAAACAAUAUGGGAUAAAAACAAACAGUUUGGAAUUAAUUUCAGUUAAAAGUCUGAGAGAAAAGAUGUGCCUUGUGGGUCUUCCUAAAAGCCAUGAGUCUAUUGGUUAGGUUGAAUCAAGAAAGGAAAGACAUGAGAAAUGUGCCGCUAUAAUUAUUUAUAUAGCUUUAUAUGUAUUUAUAGAUUGGGGAAGCAAAAGUUAUAGGGAUCACCUCAAUCUCAAAGGAUAUUCUUUCACAGGAUGCAGCUUUCAAAUGUUUUAUGCAAACAGAUAUAUACUCUAACAAGCAUGCUAGUGCCCUGUGUAUCAGUUCUGUAUAAAAACAAAACAAACUGAGGCUACAGUCGUAUACACACUUACCUUUUGAACUCAGUGAGGCUUAUUUCUGCAUAAACGUGCACAAAAUUGCACUAUAAAAAAACUUUUUAACCAUGUACCAAACAGCUUUUAUUCACCCAGGAUAUUUAUUUUGUUAUUUCCUUUUUUGAAGUUGUGCCUGCUGAAGUUUGGUCAUUACAAGGCAUGAGGAUACCAGCCCUCAGUUGACAAGAGCUACACAACCCACUGGGACAUAUUUUGGGGUGACACAGAGGGUUUUCCCGGGGAAGGGGAGAUCAUCAGAAAUUGCCCCUUCGCUAGUGUGCCAGUGUAGCUCGUGGGGGAGUGGUGCUACACAGCACUUCUCACUGCACCACUGUGUUUUUGCUCUGUAUGCCUGUCGCUGUUCAUAAAGCAACCCAGGGCUCAAGUAAGAGGACGACAUAUAAUCCACUGUGCUUCCCCUGGGACUUGAGCAGCUAUUGGCAACACUGCUAUCUUGGUUAGAGAUGUGCAAACAAGUUUGAUGUCAAAUGUGUUCGGUUUGAACCGAACCCCGCUGGGGAUUCAUGAAUUUUUUUGUUUUGUAAUUUAAUUUUUUUUUUAAAUUCCUCUGGCCGGGGAGGUGUCCAAGGCAGUUGGCGGGGUGGGAUUCAUGGAGGUUUCCCCUCCCACCGCUAGCCUCCCUGAUGCCAUAAAUCGGCCGCUCUUCGGCCUUUGCCCCUUGGCACAGUGGCCAUUUUGGAGACCGCCAUGCCUACACAAUAGGCCUCUGCAAGAUUUAUGGCAUAAGGGAGGCUGGUAGGGGGACACCCCUCCCCCUCCUCAGACAAGUCCCCCAGAGGGGGUAUGUUUUUUUAAAAAUUAAAUUUUUAAAAAACCUUGUGAAACCCCCACACACCCCGACUGUACCCAGGGUGAGGGGGUGCCGGACUGAACUGGCCCGGUCCGGUUUGGACUUGAGCCAAACCGGACCAGCCAGUUCUGUGUACACCCCUAAUCUUAGUUGUUCCAUCUCCAAAAUGGUGCCAUAUAUGGGGCAAACACCUAUUGGGGAGGAAAGUAGAUAGUUCUGGGUAUCUAUGUAAUCUCUAUUGUAUUUCAGAGCAAAGUGCAACACUACCAGUUGAGCUGGUAAGAUGGUACAGUAUGAUCCAGAAGAGGGCAACAGCAUAGGGAGCAAAGCUGGUAGACCUUCGCAGCCAACUUCUGAGAGAGAUAGGGAACUUUUAUUCUUUAUUACAAUUGACUUUGUGUUCCUUUCCAGCAUCUGAUUCAUAAUUCUGGGUUGGGAAUAUUCCACUCACGUAUAAAACAUACCAUGCAUUUUAUUGCUUUCAAUAAACUCUUUAUUGUCUUUCUUCACA